GCACGGGAAGCUCAACACACAGUCGCAACUUGUUCAACAUGUACCCGUACAACCAUCCCAUGACUUCCUAUGGCGCGCCUGCGGCCGGUGGCUUCCACAUCGCGUCUGGGUUCGGACUGAUGGCGCCGGCGCCGGCUGCUGCUGCGCCUGUCCGUGCUGGGCGGACGCAGGCGGUCAAGGCUGCCGACGAGAUGGCCAAGUCUGUGGGCGUGGCGAUGAAGGAGGAUAUCGAGGCCAAGACCGGCAAGACGUACGAGACGUUUGAGGUGACCCACAUGGCGACCCAGAACGUGGCCGGGACCAACUACUUCCUCAAGAUUGACGUCGGCGAGGGCAGUGCGGUCCACGCGCGGAUCUACCGCGGCUUUGACGGUGUGCUGCAGCUUGUGGCGGUUCAGAGUGGCAAGACCACCGACGACCAGCUGGUUUACUUCCAGAACGACUCGAUCGGGUCGUGCUGCGGUGCGGCGUGCGCGCCGGCCAAGCUCGGUGGGAUGAAGGGUGUCAAGCCCUGCGACGCGACUGCGCAGGCUGUGGCCGACGCUGUCCGCGCUUCGAUCGACGCCAAGCUCGGCGGCGUGUCGGCGGAACACACGGUUGUCUCGUACGCCACCCAGACCGUCGCCGGCACCAACUUCUUUCUCAAGAUCAACCGCGGCGAUGACCAUGUCCACGCCCGAGUCUUCCGCGGCUUCAACGGUGCGCUCCAGCUGGUGGCCGUGCAGGCUGGCAAGAGCGGCGACGACGCGCUCGAGUACUUCCAGAAUGAUGCCGGCCUGCCGGCGGCCAAGCCAGCCAAGCUCGGCGGGAUGAAGGGCGUCAAGCCCGGUGAUGACACCGCCCAGGCCGUCGCCGCCGCGGUCCAGGAGGCCGUCGAGGCCAAGACGUGCGCGACCUACGGCGACAACUUCAAGGUUGUCGAGUACGCCACACAGACCGUGGCUGGUACCAACUACUUCCUCAAGAUCGAUGCCGGCGACGCCGGUUUCCUCUUUGUCCGUGCCUUUGUCGGCUUCUCGGGUCACGCCGAGCUCGCCGCCGUCCAGACCGGCAAGACCGCAGACGACCCGCUGGUGUACUUUAGCGGCUCGGCCGCGCCGGCUCCGUCGCCCGCGCCGGCUCCGGCCCCGCACGGUUUUGGCGCUCCGCGCCGGACCGGCUUUGGAUUUGGCGCCCCGGCGCCGCGCGCCAACGGCAACGGCCGCUUCGGCGCCGCCUCGGCGCCCAAGCCCGGCGACGAAAAGGCCCAGGCCGUCGCUGACGCCGUCCGCGCAGACAUUGAGCGCCUCGAUCACGCCUACUCGGAGUACUCGGUCAAGGAGUAUCUGACCCAGACCGUUGCCGGCGUCAACUACUUCCUCAACAUUGCCGUCGGCGGCGAUGAGUUUGUGCACGCCCGCGUCUUCCAGGGCUUUGACGGCGCCGCACACGUGGUCAAGCUCCGCCCGGCCCGCACUGCCGACCACAAGCUCUGCUUCUUCUAACUUUCAAGCUCCACCUAGCUAGUCAGCCUAGCUUGCCCAGUCACAAACCAACCAAUCCAAGCCCAUGAUGGAUCUUGUCUAAAUGCCUCCCUUGUCGCCA